CUCCCGAGUGCUUGCCGGAGGGACACCGUGUCCUCCGCAAUCCUUACCGCAGCACCAGCUUUGACUCACUGGAGCUGCAGCGAACAGCAACUCAGGACCUGGUUUGUGACCACUCCUUGCCACCAGCAUGGUACCGUUUCAUGAUCGGCAACAGGCCUGCAGAAAUGCCAACAAGAUGUGUCGAAAUGAAUAAAUGCGGGACACAAGCUCCGGUGUGGUUGUGGCUGAAGUCCGAAUCCCUGCCGGUUCCCGGCGAGAGCAGGCGGCUCACGGCGUGUGCUACCUGGCAAGUCUUCUUUGGGGGCGCCAAGGACUGCUGCUUGUUUCGGAUACCCAUCGCGGUCAGGAACUGUGGCGAAUUCUUUGUGUACCUCCUGCAACCUACUCAAGGAUGCAUGGGCUACUGCGCGGAAGAGAAACUCACAAGCCUGGCUUUGCAACCAGUGAUAACUCCCGAGCUUGUGCAAGGUCGUGUCCACCUGAAGUGCACUUACAGCCGCCCCUCCUCGAAGCCGCUGCUGCGGUACGUGGUGGUCUGGUCACGCCUGUCCAGCCCUGGCAAGAAAGAGCAGAUUCAGCGUGACACCACCCUGCAGUCCUUUUCCUAUGUAGAGGUGAACGGAGUAAAUCUCAAAUUGGGAGACACGGUCUUUUGCACAGUCACCGCUUUUACGAGGGACACUCCUGAGCAGCAGUCGCUGCCCGAAGACAGCAAAGGUUUCUAUGUCGGGAUUAAGUUUUUACCAGAAUCACUACAAAUUGCAGAGGAUGGCAAAGAGCAUGUUUUGACAGUUCUGAGCACUGUACCCAUUGCCUGUCCUGGACACAAAGAUUCCUGUAAAAUUACUUUGCAGCUGAGUACUGAGGAUUUGGAUAGCCAAUUACUGGGGCCCCCAAACAUCGCCCUUUCGGCAUGCCAGGUGGAUCUGCUACGGGCGCCCUGCUCGGAAAGCAGCUGUGCAGCAGCCGCGCUGACAGUGACAGCCGUGACAGACUUUGCUCAGGAUGGGAACCGCGUCAGCCGCAUCAGAGCUGAGCCAGUCGGAUGGAGGGAUUUGCUUUGGAGGGCUUACACACCCAAGGAUGUGAAGGUCACAGUUCGAGACCUCCCAACAGGGAACUGCUACUCUUUCACUGAUCCACACAUUAUCACAUUUGAUGGAUGGCGCUACGAUAACUAUAAAAUCGGCACUUUCCUUUUGUGCCAGAGCAUGUCGCGGGCGUUUGAAGUGCACGUUCGGCAGUGGGAUUGCGGAGGCCACCGCUCCGCCACCGCCUGCAAUUGCGGCGUAGCUGCCCGAGAGGGGGGUGACACCGUGGUGCUGGACACCUGCAACAGCCACUUUCGGGAGAGCAGACCCCAGCUAGUUGUCAAAAGCACUGAGGCAUCGCCACAUGUCAAAAUCCUAAAGUCCUACGGAGGGAGAAAAAUAACAAUCUUGUUCCCUUCGGGAGCAUUUGUUCGAGCCGACGUGAGUGAGUGGGGAAUGGGUCUGACGGUGAGGACACCGGGCAGCGACUUCAACAGCACCAGAGGUUUGUGUGGCCUCUUUGACGGGAUCAGUCACAACGACCUGAGCAAUGUGCCCGAGGAAGACUUCAUAGAGGAGUGGAGAAUACCUCCAGGGAAGAGUUUAUUUGACAAGUCUCCAGUACUCUCUGAGGGGAAGCAAAGGAAAAAUUACUGCAGAUGUCAGAAGGAGAGUGUUAAGCCCAUGCCCGCAGCAAACACGCUGAAUGCCUUUCAGACUCCUUUCCCUCAGCCCUCUGGUUGUCAUUAUGAUCACGUGGAUUACACCUCUGCAAUCCCAUAUCUUGAUAUUACGUCAGAGUUUGUCACUCACUCAGAAGUAGAGUCCACUUCAAGAAAAGACGAGAAACUGUUGACCAAGACUUUCAAUCAAAGAUAUCUGCAUAAAUCAGUCCAAAAGCGAAGUAGCCCUGAGGACCAAUUACAACCCUUCAUACACAAUGUUUCCAUGAAAACAAAUAGUUCCAUUAACUCUACCAGACCAACACAAGACCUAAGGAGAGCAAGAAGGCAGGAAGACUAUUUUGAGUACUCCCCCUUUCACCCAUUGCAUGGCCCAAGACAGAGAGACUCAGAGAGCUUUGCGUAUUUUUUCCCAGAGGACUACUUUGAAGGGAUUCGGACAAAACUUCCAUUGACAUGGCCUACUCCCAAUGGCCUAACUGCUGCCAAAGCUUGGGAGGUUUGCCACCAAAUUCUUGCAAAUUCCACCAUUGGUUUAGUGUGUAAAGGUCUCCUUGGAAAACAGAUGGAUGAGGCAAUUGAUACAUGCCUUUUAGACCUGCAGCUCAAGGAUGACGUGGCUUGGGUGAGGGCACUGAUAGCCCUUUUGGAAAAUGAAUGUGAACGUAGAGUGCUAGGAAACAGAAACAGAGUGUUUCAUGUAGGAAACCAGCCAUCUGCAACCCAGGAGGAAAUCCUCACUGUCCUCCGGUGUCCUGAUCUCUGUAAUGGCAAUGGACAAUGUACUGAACUGGGCUGCCAGUGCUUUGAAGACCACAAAUCCUAUGAUUGUAGCAUUGCCAAAA